CUGCACCAACUACAAGAGCUACUACAACUGAAGCGCCACCCCCAGUUGUGGCUAUUCAAGCAACCUUGGUAGAAGUGUUUGUCCCAGAACUCAGUGACAGGAACAGCCAACAAUUUAGGGCCCUUGAGACAAGAGUUGUAACAGUGUGUGACAUCAUCUACUUUGUUCGAUAUGGUGCAAUUUUCCGCCGCACAUUCAUCAUAGCAUUUAGGUCAACACAAAUGCAGAACACUGUUGCAGAGGUGGGGAUCGAGUUCAACCCAAAUUCCACAAGUGCAGAAAUCCCACCGGCUGCCGAUGUUGCACAAACCUUAGUAGAUGCAGUGAAUAAUCCCAACAGUACGCUCAACAUCACUAUUCAAGCCAACACUGUCCGAGUAGUUGAAACACCUGCACUCAACACUACUGCAGCUACAACCACUCCAAAUGCAACAACCACCACUGCACCAACUACAAGAGCUACUACAACUGAAGCGCCACCCCCAGUUGUGGCUAUUCAAGCAACCUUGGUAGAAGUGUUUGUCCCAGAACUCAGUGACAGGAACAGCCAACAAUUUAGGGCCCUUGAGACAAGAGUUGUAACAGUGUGUGACAUCAUCUACUUUGUUCGAUAUGGUGCAAUUUUCCGCCGCACAUUCAUCAUAGCAUUUAGGUCAACACAAAUGCAGAACACUGUUGCAGAGGUGGGGAUCGAGUUCAACCCAAAUUCCACAAGUGCAGAAAUCCCACCGGCUGCCGAUGUUGCACAAACCUUAGUAGAUGCAGUGAAUAAUCCCAACAGUACGCUCAACAUCACUAUUCAAGCCAACACUGUCCGAGUAGUUGAAACACCUGCACUCAACACUACUGCAGCUACAACCACUCCAAAUGCAACAACCACCACUGCACCAACUACAAGAGCUACUACAACUGAAGCGCCACCCCCAGUUGUGGCUAUUCAAGCAACCUUGGUAGAAGUGUUUGUCCCAGAACUCAGUGACAGGAACAGCCAACAAUUUAGGGCCCUUGAGACAAGAGUUGUAACAGUGUGUGACAUCAUCUACUUUGUUCGAUAUGGUGCAAUUUUCCGCCGCACAUUCAUCAUAGCAUUUAGGUCAACACAAAUGCAGAACACUGUUGCAGAGGUGGGGAUCGAGUUCAACCCAAAUUCCACAAGUGCAGAAAUCCCACCGGCUGCCGAUGUUGCACAAACCUUAGUAGAUGCAGUGAAUAAUCCCAACAGUACGCUCAACAUCACUAUUCAAGCCAACACUGUCCGAGUAGUUGAAACACCUGCACUCAACACUACUGCAGCUACAACCACUCCAAAUGCAACAACCACCACUGCACCAACUACAAGAGCUACUACAACUGAAGCGCCACCCCCAGUUGUGGCUAUUCAAGCAACCUUGGUAGAAGUGUUUGUCCCAGAACUCAGUGACAGGAACAGCCAACAAUUUAGGGCCCUUGAGACAAGAGUUGUAACAGUGUGUGACAUCAUCUACUUUGUUCGAUAUGGUGCAAUUUUCCGCCGCACAUUCAUCAUAGCAUUUAGGUCAACACAAAUGCAGAACACUGUUGCAGAGGUGGGGAUCGAGUUCAACCCAAAUUCCACAAGUGCAGAAAUCCCACCGGCUGCCGAUGUUGCACAAACCUUAGUAGAUGCAGUGAAUAAUCCCAACAGUACGCUCAACAUCACUAUUCAAGCCAACACUGUCCGAGUAGUUGAAACACCUGCACUCAACACUACUGCAGCUACAACCACUCCAAAUGCAACAACCACCACUGCACCAACUACAAGAGCUACUACAACUGAAGCGCCACCCCCAGUUGUGGCUAUUCAAGCAACCUUGGUAGAAGUGUUUGUCCCAGAACUCAGUGACAGGAACAGCCAACAAUUUAGGGCCCUUGAGACAAGAGUUGUAACAGUGUGUGACAUCAUCUACUUUGUUCGAUAUGGUGCAAUUUUCCGCCGCACAUUCAUCAUAGCAUUUAGGUCAACACAAAUGCAGAACACUGUUGCAGAGGUGGGGAUCGAGUUCAACCCAAACUCCACAAGUGCAGAAAUCCCACCGGCUGCCGAUGUUGCACAAACCUUAGUAGAUGCAGUGAAUAAUCCCAACAGUACGCUCAACAUCACUAUUCAAGCCAACACUGUCCGAGUAGUUGAAACACCUGCACUCAACACUACUGCAGCUACAACCACUCCAAAUGCAACAACCACCACUGCACCAACUACAAGAGCUACUACAACUGAAGCGCCACCCCCAGUUGUGGCUAUUCAAGCAACCUUGGUAGAAGUGUUUGUCCCAGAACUCAGUGACAGGAACAGCCAACAAUUUAGGGCCCUUGAGACAAGAGUUGUAACAGUGUGUGACAUCAUCUACUUUGUUCGAUAUGGUGCAAUUUUCCGCCGCACAUUCAUCAUAGCAUUUAGGUCAACACAAAUGCAGAACACUGUUGCAGAGGUGGGGAUCGAGUUCAACCCAAACUCCACAAGUGCAGAAAUCCCACCGGCUGCCGAUGUUGCACAAACCUUAGUAGAUGCAGUGAAUAAUCCCAACAGUACGCUCAACAUCACUAUUCAAGCCAACACUGUCCGAGUAGUUGAAACACCUGCACUCAACACUACUGCAGCUACAACCACUCCAAAUGCAACAACCACCACUGCACCAACUACAAGAGCUACUACAACUGAAGCGCCACCCCCAGUUGUGGCUAUUCAAGCAACCUUGGUAGAAGUGUUUGUCCCAGAACUCAGUGACAGGAACAGCCAACAAUUUAGGGCCCUUGAGACAAGAGUUGUAACAGUGUGUGACAUCAUCUACUUUGUUCGAUAUGGUGCAAUUUUCCGCCGCACAUUCAUCAUAGCAUUUAGGUCAACACAAAUGCAGAACACUGUUGCAGAGGUGGGGAUCGAGUUCAACCCAAAUUCCACAAGUGCAGAAAUCCCACCGGCUGCCGAUGUUGCACAAACCUUAGUAGAUGCAGUGAAUAAUCCCAACAGUACGCUCAACAUCACUAUUCAAGCCAACACUGUCCGAGUAGUUGAAACAACUGCACUCAACACUACUGCAGCUACAACCACUCCAAAUGCAACAACCACCACUGCACCAACUACAAGAGCUACUACAACUGAAGCGCCACCCCCAGUUGUGGCUAUUCAAGCAACCUUGGUAGAAGUGUUUGUCCCAGAACUCAGUGACAGGAACAGCCAACAAUUUAGGGCCCUUGAGACAAGAGUUGUAACAGUGUGUGACAUCAUCUACUUUGUUCGAUAUGGUGCAAUUUUCCGCCGCACAUUCAUCAUAGCAUUUAGGUCAACACAAAUGCAGAACACUGUUGCAGAGGUGGGGAUCGAGUUCAACCCAAAUUCCACAAGUGCAGAAAUCCCACCGGCUGCCGAUGUUGCACAAACCUUAGUAGAUGCAGUGAAUAAUCCCAACAGUACGCUCAACAUCACUAUUCAAGCCAACACUGUCCGAGUAGUUGAAACACCUGCACUCAACACUACUGCAGCUACAACCACUCCAAAUGCAACAACCACCACUGCACCAACUACAAGAGCUACUACAACUGAAGCGCCACCCCCAGUUGUGGCUAUUCAAGCAACCUUGGUAGAAGUGUUUGUCCCAGAACUCAGUGACAGGAACAGCCAACAAUUUAGGGCCCUUGAGACAAGAGUUGUAACAGUGUGUGACAUCAUCUACUUUGUUCGAUAUGGUGCAAUUUUCCGCCGCACAUUCAUCAUAGCAUUUAGGUCAACACAAAUGCAGAACACUGUUGCAGAGGUGGGGAUCGAGUUCAACCCAAACUCCACAAGUGCAGAAAUCCCACCGGCUGCCGAUGUUGCACAAACCUUAGUAGAUGCAGUGAAUAAUCCCAACAGUACGCUCAACAUCACUAUUCAAGCCAACACUGUCCGAGUAGUUGAAACACCUGCACUCAACACUACUGCAGCUACAACCACUCCAAAUGCAACAACCACCACUGCACCAACUACAAGAGCUACUACAACUGAAGCGCCACCCCCAGUUGUGGCUAUUCAAGCAACCUUGGUAGAAGUGUUUGUCCCAGAACUCAGUGACAGGAACAGCCAACAAUUUAGGGCCCUUGAGACAAGAGUUGUAACAGUGUGUGACAUCAUCUACUUUGUUCGAUAUGGUGCAAUUUUCCGCCGCACAUUCAUCAUAGCAUUUAGGUCAACACAAAUGCAGAACACUGUUGCAGAGGUGGGGAUCGAGUUCAACCCAAAUUCCACAAGUGCAGAAAUCCCACCGGCUGCCGAUGUUGCACAAACCUUAGUAGAUGCAGUGAAUAAUCCCAACAGUACGCUCAACAUCACUAUUCAAGCCAACACUGUCCGAGUAGUUGAAACAACUGCACUCAACACUACUGCAGCUACAACUACUCCAAAUGCAACAACCACCACUGCACCAACUACAAGAGCUACUACAACUGAAGCGCCACCCCAGUUGUGGCUAUUCAAGCAACCUUGGUAGAAGUGUUUGUCCCAGAACUCAGUGACAGGAACAGCCAACAAUUUAGGGCCCUUGAGACAAGAGUUGUAACAGUGUGUGACAUCAUCUACUUUGUUCGAUAUGGUGCAAUUUUCCGCCGCACAUUCAUCAUAGCAUUUAGGUCAACACAAAUGCAGAACACUGUUGCAGAGGUGGGGAUCGAGUUCAACCCAAAUUCCACAAGUGCAGAAAUCCCACCGGCUGCCGAUGUUGCACAAACCUUAGUAGAUGCAGUGAAUAAUCCCAACAGUACGCUCAACAUCACUAUUCAAGCCAACACUGUCCGAGUAGUUGAAACACCUGCACUCAACACUACUGCAGCUACAACCACUCCAAAUGCAACAACCACCACUGCACCAACUACAAGAGCUACUACAACUGAAGCGCCACCCCCAGUUGUGGCUAUUCAAGCAACCUUGGUAGAAGUGUUUGUCCCAGAACUCAGUGACAGGAACAGCCAACAAUUUAGGGCCCUUGAGACAAGAGUUGUAACAGUGUGUGACAUCAUCUACUUUGUUCGAUAUGGUGCAAUUUUCCGCCGCACAUUCAUCAUAGCAUUUAGGUCAACACAAAUGCAGAACACUGUUGCAGAGGUGGGGAUCGAGUUCAACCCAAACUCCACAAGUGCAGAAAUCCCACCGGCUGCCGAUGUUGCACAAACCUUAGUAGAUGCAGUGAAUAAUCCCAACAGUACGCUCAACAUCACUAUUCAAGCCAACACUGUCCGAGUAGUUGAAACACCUGCACUCAACACUACUGCAGCUACAAACC